AUGGAUAGUGAGACUAAACAGACUGUUGCCAAGAUACCACUGCUAAGUGUACGUGCAGGUCCACGUGAUGGUGACAAGUGGAUUGAAAGAAUGAAGGAGGAGUAUAUGGCAUUGAUAAAGUACGUCGAGAUCAAUAAGCAGGCUGAUAAUGACUGGUUCACUAUUGAGUCAAAUCCAUUGGGUACAAGAUGGCAAGGCAAGUGCUGGUAUAUAUACAACUUUAAGAAGUAUGAGUUCGAUCUUGAGUUUGAUAUGCCAAUUACAUACCCAGAGACAGCACCAGAGAUUGCAAUCCCAGAGUUAGAGGGAAAGACAGAGAAGAUGUAUAGAGGUGGAAAGAUCUGUCUGACAGUUCACUUCAAGCCACUGUGGGCAAGGAAUGUUCCACACUUUGGUAUUGCUCAUGCUCUGGCACUUGGUCUUGCACCAUGGAUGGCAGCAGAGGUACCACAUCUCGUCGAAACAAACAUGAUCAAACACAAGGAGGACAAGUAA